CACUUCUUUCAUCUAGAACAGAAGAGUCACUUUUUGUUCUUUUUCCUGAAAUUUUCAAAAGACCCCAUAACCAAAAAAAUUUAAUUUCUUCUAUAUUUUAUUUUUGGAGCUUUUCUCCUCCAUAUUGACAAUUCCUUUUGCACGAUCACACUUCAAACAGAACACCUGAUCAAACUCUCACGUUGUUCAAGAUACGCAAGUCAGCAUAUUCAGAAUUUUGUUGUGAAAGAAACAGCAAUUUCAUCAGAAGGAUGUCAGUUAAUGAAAUGUAAAGGGGCUGUAAAUACUAGUAUUAUGUUUGGCAAAUAGCCUAUAAUCACCGGCUGUCUCGUAAUUCGAGACUUUAGGGCUAGAAAACAGUAAGAUGAUGCAGAGGGAUAUGUCAAAUAAGUGCAGGAGUAGAACAUGCACAUUGAUUGUCUAUUUCGUCACUGUUUAGACAUGGCCUCUCUCUUGUACAUCUUAUGUUCCUAAUGGCACUUAUCUGUUAAAUUGUUCACUCUUUUUGAAUUUGUUAUUGAGAACUCUAAGUUUGAGGGAAGCUACUCUCUAGUUUUUUACAUUCUAGCAACUUUGAAGUAAUAUUUUUAGUAUAUCGAUUCUACAUCCUGGUAAUAAAAUCAUCUAAUCAUAAACUAAGGUGGUGUCGUACAAAUAGUUUGCAUUGCAUAUGGCCAAUCUUGAUGGUGAUGAUGAACCUGAAUGGAUAAAGAGGGUGAAAUCAGAAGGUGCCGUUCCUCUUCUGGACCCACAUAACUGCUCAAAUGGUUGGGCUUCUCCACCAGGGAAUAGUUUCAUGGUAAGAGGUCCAGAAUACUUUUUAACAAAGGUUAAAGUUCAUGGGGGUGAGUUUCUUCUUAAACCUCUUGGUUUUGACUGGAUUAAAGGUCCCAAAAAGAUUUCUGGUCUCCUAAAUAGUCCAACACACCGUAUCAGGAGGGCUCUUCAAGAGGAAAAUCCAACUGGUCGCAAGCCCUUUGUUUGGGCUUUCAACUUGCAAGUUCCUAGUAAGGAAAAUUAUAGUGCCAUUGCAUAUUUUGUGGGUCUUCAGCCCGUUCCCGAAGGGUCUUUAAUGGAGCAGUUCUUGAAAGGGGAUGAUGCUAUUAGAACUAGAAGGCUUAAAUUGAUAGCAAAUGUUGUUAAAGGACCUUGGAUUGUAAGAAAGGCAGUUGGGGAGCAAGCUAUAUGCGUAAUUGGCCGUGCGCUGACAUGCAACUACUGUAUAGCAGACGACUUCAUUGAAGUAGAUAUUGAUAUUGGAUCUUCUGUGAUAGCAAAUGCAAUUGUUCAUCUCGCAUUUAAUUAUCUAUCAACUCUUACUGUUGAUUUAGCUUUCCUUAUUGAGAGUCAAGCUCAAUCAGAACUACCAGAACGGAUUUUAGGAGCUGUAAGAUUUUCGGAGCUGAAAACCACUUCAGCACAGCCAGUUGAAAUGCCAUCUGAUGGGAACAUGGGAGAGUUGCCGCCUUCUUUCUCUUCAAGGUUAUGGAAAUCGUUUGGGCACAGUUUCUCCCACCGUGUUCAGACAGAUACUCAAGAUGGCAGCUCCAACUCCAGCUCAUCACAUGUAGAGGGGGCUGUUGAUAGUGGGAUGUCCAAAGAAGAUACAAAAAAAUAACCUCCACACUGUAAAUUCGAUGAAUUUCUUGAAAGGUUCAAUGGCUUCAGGCGUGAGGAAUCUUACUAUUAGUCUCUUGUUGCUUGUGAUGGCUAACCAAUAUUUGUGGCAGUAGACAAAAAUAUGCAUACAGCUCUGGGGCAAAUUUAGCGACACGGAACUGCAGUAACAUUCUUCGGCUGUAUUGGCCUCUGCCAUUUUCUCAUUUCUUUCUGAAAACCCACAUCUUCAGCUGCUCAUUCACUUGUAUUCUUGAUAUUGAUUUUUAUUUGUUUAUAUCGAUUGAUUGGUAACAAUAGAUUACUAAUUUGAAGGGGAUUGAUUGGUUAUACGUUGUUUU